UAUUAACUUGGUAAUUGUUUACAAAUUCAGAAUUAGAGGUUCUUUGUAGGGAGCGAAUUUUUCUGAAUUUUGUACCACAAGUUGAAUUUAAACUUAUUUAUUAACUGUAAAUAAGCUUAAAAUGCCGAUUAUGGAAUGAACAUCAACACGAGGUCUUUAUAAAGUCAAGAUGCUGCUUUUAUGCUUCAAAAUUUAGUGUAAUAGUUGCAAGAUUGAUCUUGACAUAAAAUGCAACAUGAAACCUUUUGUAAAGAAAGAAAAAUCUGGCCAGUCAUCAGAAGAGUCUUCCUCACAAAGACCAAAGCGAAGUACAUGUCAAAAAAAUCUUGAUGGCAGCAAUGGUCUUUUAUGGAGAGAAGAAACUGAUUUAAAGAAAGCACUUUAUGCCUCUCUUCAAGAAACAAAGAGAAAAAAUUUAGAUGAGGAUGAUGAUGAGCCAGAGGAAGAUAUGAAAGUACCUCCUGAGGAACCAGCUGUUAAUGGGCAAGAGGACAUCUUGAAAAAAGCAAAAGUUCAUGCUCAGCGCAAAUUUGCUCAAGGCUCUAAUCCAAACAGUCCUGUGCCAACUCCUCUCAAAGUUCCAUAUGUGAAUAAUUCAACAACUGAGCUUUUACCUUAUAAACGACCAAAGACAGAGGACUUUUUAACAUUCUUAUGCUUGAGAGGUACAUCCAUUUUACCUCCUUCAUUAGAUUUUCUAAAUAGCUGCUCGAAAAGUGACACUAGUUCAGAUUGUCGGAGUUUGAGUCCUGAUAUAGAAAUAAAAGAUAAUGGGAACCAUAAGGAAUCAACACAGAAAACCUCAGAGCCUCGUGAUAAAAGUGGCAUCAGGCAUGAAAAUUUGCCAAAUGGUGCAGCACGAAAAUCUUCUGCAUGCAAAGCAUUAACCAAAAAACAACUUGAUUCUGCUCAAGCCUUAAAGAAAGCACAUACAAAAUUGCAUAAAGAGGUAUCAAUUGUUCGAAAACGAAAAUCCAGGGAUGGAUCUACUGAUAUUGAAUUCAUAGCAUCAGCUUCUUCACGUUCAAAAAACUCCUCAAAUACCAGAACUCGUUCUUCAACUUUAAAUGCUCUUCGAGAAAAAUAUAAAAAGAAAAGGCUGGAAACUAACAAGAAAAAACUAAUACCACCUAAAUCUCUAACUGUUGUUCAACCAACUAAAUCAGCAGGAUCAACUACUAGAUCACAAAGUAAUGUCAAACAAAUUGAAAAAAGGACUUCUCGCAACACUGUAAAUAAAACUGAAGCCAAAUUCACACCAUUAGUUCCUAGCAAAAUCAAGCAGUCUCGAACAGAUAGGAAGCUUGCUGUAGAAAAACGAAAAUCCCUACGAUCAGCUCAACCAAUCAAAACUUUUGGGCAUAAGAGAUUAGCCUUAAACAAAAAGACAAUGUGGCUAAGAAGAGCAAAACUUGUUCCCCCUAUUGUGGAUGUUGAUUCUGAUAGUGAACCUGAAGUGAUCAAUAGUGCACCUGCAAAAAAGAAUCUACAACAGGUGCCUACAUCUAAGCAAGAAAAGACUGAGAAUUCUUCAAGAAUAUCUGAAAGACUAAGAAAUCGAGAUGAUGCUAAAGAUAAAUCUUCUUUGUCACGCAGACAGAUAUUACUUAGAAAACACAUGCAAAACCGACUAAAUGCUAAAAAAUCUGCUCUCCAUGCCAAAAAUAUAAAGUCUCGAACCAUUAUUAAAAGAACCACAAAACAGAGGAUUUUGAAGAAAGUUGCUAGGAAAAGUCUUGUUUCAAAAACUAUGUCCCUUAGAAAGGAUCUCCAAAAUAAACGUGUGACUCGUAGUGCCAAACAUCAAAUAGAAGAAAUGCUUUGGGCAAAUCCAGAAAAGAAAUCCAAGUCUCAGAGUUCUAAAAGUAUUCCUUUGCCGAAACACGACAAGAAAAGACAUAUUAAUGAUGAUCAAACUGCAACUAAAAAACCAAAAUUAGCCUUGCUUAAAAAAACUGGAAACAAAGUAACAAAAUGUGACAAAGAUAUUAAGAAUAAAUCCCUCAACUCUGAAUUAAAUAAAGCAUCAAAACAAAUAAACUCUUCAAAGCUUGUGAAAAAAGUGUCUGACUCUGCUAUGAAUACUAGAAGUUCUAAAACUCCUGCACGUAUUGAAUCAAAACCAGGUUGUUCCUCGAAUGCUACAAAUGAAAAUUUGCAUUCUAGGUCUAGAUCAAGUGAUGGUAAAGCAAUUAAAUCUUCGGGAAACAAAGGUAAAAGUAUUGACAAUAAGAAUAAAAUUAAUCUAACCAAAGGAACUAAACACAUGGAAAACAAAAUUAAUAAAUCUGGUGAUAUCAAAAUGAAUAAACUAGAUGACAAGACUAACAAACUUGCUGAUACCAGUGCUAAAAAACUUACAGAUAACAAAGUAAACAAAUCUUCUGAAAAUAGUUUGAGUAAAACCUCCGACAAUAGACUAAACAAAUCUGAUAAAUUAGAUAAAUCAUCUGCUGAUAUAAAUAAAAAAGAACAUGUUAAAUCCGAUGAAAAUAAAUUUAUAUCCAAGACAAAUAAUUCUAAUAUUAAAACUGAGGAUCUUGCUAAUGUUACAAAAAUCAACAAGUUGCCUGAAACAUCAAAAUCUAAUAAUGCUACAUCAAAACCAGAAUUGGAAAAUAAUUUAAAAUCAUUAAGUAAUAAGAAUAAAGAAUCUAUUUCUAAAAAUAACUUUGAAAACAAUUUGGAAAAAUAUCCUUCCGGUGUUAUUAAAGAUGAAGAAAGUAAUGUUCAGAAUAAUUUGAAUUUGCAAAAGAAUGAUAAAAAUCUGAAGAAAGAUAUUUCUGAAUUGAUUUCUCUGAAUGUUGAAUGUGAAGAACCAGUAUUUAUAAUUAAUUGUGAACCUAGUUGUAGUGGUAUUAAUAUGGAAGAAAGUGAUAAAAAAUUGAAUCUGGAUAAAAGUGCAAAAUUUCAUUCAAGAUUAGAUAUAUCAUCAAAUGAAAGUCAUAAUAUCAAAAAACAUAAUGAUAAAAAAUAUUUUAAAAACUCAGCCUAUAAAGAAGAUAAAUUGCUCAAGAAAAUAUCUGAAAAAAAUCAAAAAGUACAAAACAAAAUAUUUGAAAAAAGUAUGAAAUCUCAUAAAAGAGAAUCACUUAGAGAGUCUGACAAUAAUAAAAACAAAUCUGAAUCUAAGGAUUCAACAAAAAAUUUACUUAAAAAGGAAUUGAAUAAACAAGAACAUGAAAAUGUAGCCUGUGUUUCUUCUACUUCCAUCCAUGAUGUCUCAAAUCAAAUAAAUAUUACAACUAUGGAUCAUGAAAGCAAUUUUAAAAAUAUUAAUGGAAAUAAAACUACCAAUAAAGAUAAACUUGAUAACAGAAAUCAUUUAGAAAAAGCUGAAGUUGGAAAGCGACCCAACAAAGUAGAUCUGAAAAAAGAUUGUAAAAAAAUGAAAAUUGAUUAUACAAAAAAUUCUGAUUUCUCUUCACCUUUCAGUAAUUUGAAGAAAAAUUCUGAGGCAGUUUCGUAUAAAAAUAGUUACGCUGAAGUAAAAUUAGAUAACAAAAGUAGUCAAAUAGUUGAUUCCCUAGUUCGAAAUAUCUCUGCUUUUGACAAAGAUUCUGAUGAUGAUUCUGAUUAUGACAUAACUUUAGAUCAAUACUUAAAAUUAAAAUCAAAUAGUGUUUCUUCUAAGGCUGGAAGUUCUAGUUCUUCCUCUUCAGUAGAAGAAAAACUUAAUUCAGAAUCUAAUUUAUUAUUCAAUGAAGUUAAAGAUUCAAAAAUUAAAAAAGAAUCUGAAAAAGUUAAGAAAGAAGGUGAGUCUUCUAAACACAAAAAAGACAAGAGUAGUUCAAAAGAUAAGUCAUCUAAAAAAGAUGAUAAAAGUAGUAAAAAGGAUUCUGAAAAAUCUCUAGCUAAACUCCUAAAACGAGAGCGCUCGAAGUCUAGUAAAAAAGAAGAAAAAGAACGAAUGAAACAUAAGCGAGAAAGCUCCUGUAGCUCUAAGUCAUCUAAGAGGGAUUCUGAAAAGGAUGGCUCAAAGCUAAAUAGAAAAGAAAGUGAGAGAGAAAGUUGUUCAUCAGAAAAGAAAUCUGAUGCAAAAAUUGAAUCUUCUGAGGGCAAAAAAGAAAAAUCAAGUAAGAAAGAUUCUUCAAAAUUAUCAAGAUCCAAUAGCUAUGAAGAAACAAAAUCACCUAAGAAGAAGAAAAAGCAUAAUGAAUUAAAAGAUAUAGAAAAAAUUAAAAAUCUUAUAAGUAAAUCUAGUAUUUUAAAUGAAAUUUCUGGAUUUAAAGAAUUUAAACGACGACUUUCAAGUGAUAAAAAAUCGAAAAAGCGCAAAAAAUUGGCACUCUUAAAAGACAAGAAGCUAUCGAAAAAGCUUUCUUCGAAGCUUUUAAGGAAAUACUCUAAGAAGAAAGGUCUUAAAAAGAAAAAUAAGUUAAAAAAGAAAGAGCUUAAGAAGGAGAAGCUUAACUUAAGUGAGAAAGGUCACUCAAAAAAUAAAAAGCAGAAGCAUAAAACAAAGGGGGACCAUCAUAAAAAGGAGAGUCAAGAAAAACAUAAAAACUUAGAUUCUGUAUCUGUUGCAUUAGUAGACAAAGAUACUUCAGUCUCUAUUUCUGAAUCUGUGCAUUCUUUGCCAAAAUCUAUAGUAGAAACUCACUGUGAAGAACCUGUAAAUAUGACUGUCCAGUCUACAACUAAUGAUACACAGACUUGUACUAAUGACAUUAGUACUCCUACAACUUAUGUUAUUGAAGCUAUUACUGACAGUAUCGCACCUAUUGAGACAUUGGCUGCUACAGAUGUUUCUCAACGAAUUUCUACUGAUUUAGUAUUCAGCAGUACUGAUAAUUACCAAGGUAUAGUUACAAGUGAGUUUCCAGGUGUAUUUGAAGAAUCUUUUCCUUCAGGUGCUAUACUUUUAACUACAAGAGACAGCAUCUCACAAGUUCCUCUUCAUUUUAUUCAAGAUAUUCCUCCUGCUGUUCCUAAAACCAUGGCUGAUGCUGCUACAAAUACUUGUGAAGAUGACCUUGAAGAAACUUUGAGUUCUAUUCCUGAACAUGUAAAAAAUGAAGAAAUGUCAGUUGGUACACAAACUAUAACUCCUGUUGGAUCUCCAUCUCCAACCACAGAAAUUAAAUCUAUAGCACCCACAACAAUGGUAGAAUCUCUUACAACUGCGAAUAAUAGUGCACAGCAGCUAAAACAAAUUCCAGGCAUACAAACAGUAAUAAAUUUAAAUUCAUCUAUAAUCCCAACUACGUCUCAAAGACCGGCGAUGUCCAAUAUUGUUCAUCUUCCUACUCCUAAACCUAUUGUAUCAGAAUCUGUCGGUCAUGCUCUUUUACCAGUUACAGCUGGAAAAAUUCAAAUGCCAACUGAUAUCCAUUCUACUGCAACACCUGGAAAAAAUUCAAGUAUGGUUAAUAGCAUUACAGUCCCCCUAGAUUCUGUAUCUUCUGGAAAAUCAAAAGUAUCUACUAAUGCUACUGUUCUUGGAACUCCUGUUACACCUGGAAAACCAAAACUAUCUGCUAAUAUUCCUGUUCCCCUUCCUUCCUUAACAACUGAGAAGCCAAAUGUUACUGUUUCUCUAACUCCUGUAACACCUGUAAAAUCAAAAAUGUCCAGUAAUAUUACUGUACCUCUAACUCCUUUAACACCUGGAAAAUCCAAAAUUUCUAGCAAUGUUAAUGUUCCUUUAUCUGUUACAACUUCUGCAGCAUCAAAAUUUUCAGAAAAUGCCAGUAUAUCUAUAAUGCCAGCACCUCCAAAAGUGACAAAUAGUGUGAAAAUUCCUAUAGUAUCUACAGCCCCUGGGAAUUUAAAUGUGCCUAAAAGUAUGAGCAGCUCUAAUCUUCAAACAGUAUCUCCUGAAGUGCCAGAUAGUAAUCGGCAUCCUCUUACACCUGGAAAAUCUAUCAAUAGUGUUAUUGGUCCAUCCAAAACACCUAACAAAUCUAAGACAUCCACUAGUAUUACUGGUAUUAAACAGCCUGCAACUCCUAAAGAGAAGAAAAGAAGCACACCAUCCAAAAAAGCAAAAACUGUCACCAAUUUUUCAUUUACAAAACCUCAACAAUUUCCUUUGGAUUCUGCUAGACUGGUAGCUGCUCCUGUAUUUUAUCCAGAAGAACAUGAGUUCGCAGAUCCUCUUGAAUAUAUUAACAAGAUACGCCCUGAAGCUGAACAAUAUGGUAUCUGUAAAAUUGUACCACCAUCUUCUUUUAAGCCUGAAUGUAAAGUUAAUGAUGAUAUGAGAUUUACUGCUCACAAUCAAUAUUUGCAUAAAAUGCUCUACAGGUGGGGUCCUAAUGUAGAAGAUACUGCUUGUAUCCGAAAACAUUUGAAAUCUCAAAAAAUGAAAUUUGAACAAGCUCCUUUAAUGGGAGGCAUUGAACUGGAUAUCUCUAAAUUUUAUCAUACAGUCCAACAAUAUGGUGGUUUACAGCAAGUAAUUGAAAAGAAAAGAUGGCAAAAAGUUGCUGAUGCAAUGCGUGUGCCGAAAAGUGCUCAGGAUCGAGUUACUAAACUCUAUGAUGCUUAUUGCAAAUAUUUAGUUUCUUAUGAUCUACUCCCAUCAGAUGAAAAACAAAAGAUUAAGGAAGAAGUAUUAGCUGACCAUGAAAAACAUGUUAAAUUACGUAACUCACCAGAAUCUGCAGAUGAGGAUAUAGAUGAGGAAGAAAAUUAUGAUUGUGUGACAAAAGGUCGCUCUAUGUCUUUAAGUAACUUCUACAGAAUAGCCAGAAAUACAAUGAGUAUGUGGUUUAAAAAUGAGCCAGCUCCAGAAGAAGUUGAGCAUGAAUUCUGGAAAAUAGUUACUGAAAGGCAACAGCAUGUAGUGGUCCAUGCUGGAAAUAUAGACAGUUGUGUUACCCAAAGUGGGUUUCCUACUAAUCGUAGUCCUUUUGCUAAGCAUCCAUGGAAUUUAAAAGUAUUGACUAAUAAUAGUAGAUCUGUUUUAAGAUCGAUGGGACCUCUAUCAGGGAUUACAGUUCCAACACUUCAUGUAGGUAUGUUGUUUACUACGGGCUGUUGGUACAGAGAUCCUCAUUCUUUUCCAUGGAUUGAAUAUCUGCAUACUGGUGCCAGCAAAAUUUGGUAUGGGAUACCAGUGAAUGGUUGUGAAAAAUUUAGAAAUGCUAUGAAAAAAAUAGUGCCCGAGUAUUGUACGAAUAAACCUCUAUGGCUCUCAUCUGAUACUGCAAUGGUACCACCAGAAUUGUUAGUUAAACAUGGAGCUUCUUUAAGUCGUACGAUUCAAAGCAGUGGCCAGUUUGUUGUUAUAUUUCCUGAAUCAUUUACAUCUACUAUUUGUUGUGGUUAUUGUGUUUCAGAAUCAGUAUAUUUUGCACCUACACAAUGGUUGGAUUUGGCGGUAAAAGCAUUUCAGGAUAUUAAAAAUAGCUAUGAGUCACCAGCAUUUUCAUUGGAGAGGUUACUUUUCAGUAUAGGAAAUGAUCCUAAACCACCACUUAAAACACAUCUCAAAACUUUAGAAAAAAUUCUGCCGAUGAUUGAAAAUAUAAGGAGGCAAGAACUACAAUUGCGAGCUCAGCUGAAUGAAUUGGGUUUAAAACAGUUUGAGAGACUUCCAUUGGUCGAAGCUAAGGAUAAAAAGAAAAAAUCAAGAGAUAUUGAAGAAACAGAACAAGAAUGUGAAAUCUGUCAUAUUCUAUGCUAUGUAUCAAUGGUUGUAAAUCCUCAAGAGGAAACAGUGUAUUGUCUUCCACAUGCCAUUGAGCAUAUUCCAAAAAAGAAUUUUAAAUCUUGUAGACUCAAGUACACUUACAAUGAGAGUGAUAUGAAUGAACUCUUGAAAAAAAUCAGAGAUCUUGUUUCUCAGUUGCCAAAUCACAAUGCUAAAAAGAAAACACCCAAGAAAAAAGGUUUGCCAAUCACUGAAAAAUAGUCAUUUUCAUUUAAUGUGAAUAUUUCCAAUGGCCAGUUCUCCUCAUGGAUUAUUUAAAUUUUUAUUUAUUUAUUAUCAUUUAAGUUUUGUGUCAAAAUACUUAGUGCCAUUCAGGAACAUCUACAUGUUUUGAUUCAGUACAUUUAUGUAAGUUUAAUGUAAUCAUAAGCAUUCUUUAUGUAAAUAUUUUAAUUCUUUUUUAAAUGUAAAUUAUCACCUGUAUAUUUUAUUUAUGCAUGCAUAUUUUUAUGUACUUAAUUCAGCAUUUGGAGGUCAGUUAAAAUUAAUAAAAUUAAAUUCUGGAAUUACUUUUUUUUUUCAGUGUGCUAAUAAAAAAAAUCUAUGAAACAAACUAAUAUUAAAUCAAAAUAAUUUUAAAGUUUAAAAUUGUUGCAGUUAUUCCAAUGUACUUUAUAAUUAAUGAAAUUUACUGUUGUAGGAAUGAAUUUUUACCUAAUGUUAAGGAAUGCUGAAAAGGCUUUAUAAUUAUUAAAUUCUAAUUCUUCCCUGGAUCUUUUUAUUAUUACAUCUUUGUUAUUGUACAUUAAUCCUAAUCAACUGAAAAGAUAUUAUUCUGUCAUAUUAUUAUAUUUUUUAUAUAAUAUUUUUAAGACUUUUAGAAUCAGACUGUCAUUGUUGCAGAAAAGCUAUCAUUCUUUUAAGUAGUAAUUUGCAUCAGAAAUUAUGUAAAUAACUUUGUAAAGAUGAAGAGUUUCAGAUAAAAAUUCUAAGACCAUUGUGCAUUUUUAACUGGCCCUGUAUAUAGCUUAUAUUUGAGUUAUUCAAGCACAAAAUAAUUGCACAUAUAAUCCACACUAGAAUUGUUGUACUUAAUCACUGCCAUUGUUUUAUGUUUUACAUUUUUGAAAUGCAAGGACUGUUUAUAUAAAAAUAAAUUUACCCAAGUACUUAUUGCUAUAUCUGCUCUAGUACUAGUCUGCCUUGUGUACUGAAUGUGGUAAUUUUUUUUAACAAUUUGUUAUUAAGAAAAAUCAAUUCAUAUUUAAAAAAUUGCACAACCAUUGUGUAUCUCUUUAAAUUAGAAUACUACAUUUGAGAAUAUAUUUUUAAACUGAAUAAAUUUCUUAUAUUUACUAUUAAAUGUUCUUUUUUAAUGCAGUUUUUUUUUAAAGAAAAUUAGCAAGAUUUUCAAAGAGGAAGAGGGAAAUAAAGAUUUACUGUUAAUGAAAUAUGUUAUUAAACCAUCAACUCAUUUUAUGACUGAUUUUUAAAAGGAAUAUUCACAGUUUAUUUUCAAUUCAACUACUGCAUAAAAUAAUUUAAGAUGUUAAUUUCAUAUUAUUUUUACUUUAUAUGCAAAGAUACUUUGUUUUUCUUCAUUGAUGCCAAAAGCAAAACCUUUGCAUAUAGAUUAUUUGUUAGUGCUUUAAAAUUAUUCGUUUCAGAAAUAUUAUUUGCUCGUAACUAAACACUACCUCAUGAAUAGUUCCUCCAUUUAACCAAUUUCUAAUUGUUUUCGAUCAAAGAAUAAAUAAAAAUAUGAUGAUUUAAUUUUUUUACUAUAAAACCUGUCAACUUAUUCCUUUAAAUAUGGGUGCAUUGUUAAUUGGAAAUAUAUUAUUUGUGUUAAAUGAAAAAAUUGCUUUUGUCAACUUAUAAACAUUAAACUCAGAUAGUUAUGUUAGUAAUAUUUAAUAAAAAUCUAUAUUUGUUUGUUAGCCUUUAAAUUGCAAAUUAAAAAUUGUUAUUGAAAUUUUAUAUUUGUUACCAUAUUUUUUAGGUUUUUUUAUUUAUUUACUUUUAUACUUUGCAAAAACUGUUGUGGAUUUUUUAAAGGAUAAAUGAAAGUAUACAUUUUAUUAAUCGAAAUUGAAUUAAGUGAAUUUUUAAUUGUUUAAAAUACAUCAAAAGGGUCAUCUUAAUUAUUUGGACCACGUAAGAUUACUUUUUACUAAUAUCAAAAGUAAUUGGUAAUUAUGUCUUAGUGUUUAUAAAAUAUAUAGAACAAUGUACAAUUGCAACAAAAAAUAUUCUUGUAAACUCGAAUUCUGUUUAGAAUUCCCGUUUCACUUGUCAUCUCUGUAUAUAGCCUGCAUUUAUAUGUCAUGAAUAAAAACAUUUGU